AUGGAUGGGGCCAUGUAUCGCGAGAUCUUGGCCAAUAACCUCCAUCUCUCAGUAAGAGCGUUGAAGAUGGGUCGUGGCUGGGUCUUCCAGCAUGACAACGACCCGAAAGACACAGCCAGGGCACCUAAGGAGUGGCUCCGUAAGAAGCAUCUCAAUGUCCCGGAGUGGCCUCUGCCAGUCUCCAGACCUGAACCCAAUAGAAACCCGAAGGCGACAGCCCCGAAACCUGAAGGAUCUGUAGAAGGCAGCAGAACGGUCUGGUGUGGCUGGGAGCUCCGAGGAUCUGAACCCAAGGUAGAAGCCACCGGAGAGGGAGAUAGAGCCGAGGAUGAAGACGCAGGUACCUUCGGAUCCGAUCUUGAUUGGGAAGCCACCAAAGACGAAGGUGCCGGAACCUCUGGAUCCAGGGCGGCAAAGCUGUUUCUGGUCUGUGUCACGUCCGGGCUCAACAUCUCCAUGGAGACCUCCGUUGCCAGAGGACGCCUUCUUCGACUUCCACGGCUAGUGCCGUACCUCCAUGGCUGGUUGGUUGGAUCAAGAUCAGCUCCAAUAGUCUACAGCAAUGGCUCCAACAGUAUCAACAUUACCAGAACAGUCUUCAACAACGGCUCCAACUGUUUCAACAUUACCAGAACAGUCUACAGCAACGGCUCCAACAGUAUCAACAUUACCAGAACAGUCUUCAACAACGGCUCCAACAGUAUCAACAUUACUAGAACAGUCUACAACAACGGCUCCAACUGUUUCAACAUUACCAGAACAGUCUACAGCAACGGCUCCAACAGUAUCAACAUUACCAGAACAGUCUACAACAACGGCUCCAACAGUAUCAACAUUACCAGAACAGUCUACAGCAAUGGCUCCAACAGUAUCAACAUUACCAGAACAGUCUACAACAACGGCUCCAACAGUAUCAACAUUACCAGAACAGUCUACAACAACGGCUCCAACCGUUUCAACAUUACCAGAACAGUCUACAGCAACGGCUCCAACAGUAUCAACAUUACCAGAACAGUCUUCAACAACGGCUCCAACAGUAUCAACAUUACUAGAACAGUCUACAACAACGGCUCCAACUGUUUGAACAUUACCAGAACAGUCUACAACAACGGCUCCAACAGUAUCAACAUUACCAGAACAGUCUACAACAACGGCUCCAACUGUUUCAACAUUACCAGAACAGUCUACAGCAACGGCUCCAACAGUAUCAACAUUACCAGAACAGUCUUCAACAACGGCUCCAACAGUAUCAACAUUACUAGAACAGUCUACAACAACGGCUCCAACUGUUUGAACAUUACCAGAACAGUCUACAGCAACGGCUCCAACAGUAUCAACAUUACCAGAACAGUCUACAACAACGGCUCCAACAGUAUCAACAUUACCAGAACAGUCUACAGCAAUGGCUCCAACAGUAUCAACAUUACCAGAACAGUCUACAGCAACGGCUCCAACAGUAUCAACAUUACCAGAACAGUCUUCAACAACGGCUCCAACAGUAUCAACAUUACUAGAACAGUCUACAACAACGGCUCCAACUGUUUGAACAUUACCAGAACAGUCUACAGCAACGGCUCCAACAGUAUCAACAUUACCAGAACAGUCUACAACAACGGCUCCAACAGUAUCAACAUUACCAGAACAGUCUACAACAACGGCUCCAACUGUUUCAACAUUACCAGAACAGUCUACAGCAACGGCUCCAACAGUAUCAACAUUACCAGAACAGUCUUCAACAACGGCUCCAACAGUAUCAACAUUACUAGAACAGUCUACAACAACGGCUCCAACUGUUUGAACAUUACCAGAACAGUCUACAGCAACGGCUCCAACAGUAUCAACAUUACUAGAACAGUCUACAACAACGGCUCCAACAGUAUCAACAUUACCAGAACAGUCUACAGCAAUGGCUCCAACAGUAUCAACAUUACCAGAACAGUCUACAACAACGGCUCCAACAGUAUCAACAUUACCAGAACAGUCUACAACAACGGCUCCAACUGUUUCAACAUUACCAGAACAGUCUACAGCAACGGCUCCAACAGUAUCAACAUUACCAGAACAGUCUUCAACAACGGCUCCAACAGUAUCAACAUUACCAGAACAGUCUACAGCAACGGCUCCAACAGUAUCAACAUUACCAGAACAGUCUACAGCAACGACUCCAACUGUAUCAACAUUACCAGAACAGUCUACAGCAACGGCUCCAACAGUAUCAACAUUACCAGAACAGUCUACAGCAACGGCUCCAACAGUAUCAACAUUACCAGAACAGUCUACAGCAACGGCUCCAACAGUAUCAACAUUACCAGAACAGUCUACAACAACGGCUCCAACAUGGAGAAGGUGGAAAGUUUUAACUUCCUGGGCAUGCACAUCAAUGACAAACUGAAAUUGUCCACCCACACGGACACUGUAGUGAAGAAGGUGCAAUAG